AUGAAGAGAACAGUCGCUGCCUUUCUAGGUAAAAAAAAGAAGCAAGUUAGCUUCAUUCAAGACUCUAGUGAACAAGUUGAUAAUACAGUUGAAGCUCCAAUUGAUUGCCGUUCAAAUGAAAAGAUAGAUGACUAUAUGUUAGCUGCGCCCAUUGUUGAACUUAAUUCUUCUUUUAAAAGAAAAUUUCAAUUAGAAAAUGGCAUUGUUACCACAGAUGAGGUAUCUAAAGAGCAAGAGAAAUUUAGGUGCGCCAAAAGAAGAAAAAACUAUACAAAGAAAUAUACUCAUAAUUGUCUUCAUCUGUAUUUUGAUAUGGGAUUGACAAUACGAGAGAUUCAUUACAUAACGGGGAUGUGCAUUGGGUCUAUCCAGCUACGUGUUAAGAAACAACGAUCAAAAUACCCAGAAAGGCAUAGAAACGUAAAGAUGACAAACGAGAUGAUUGAAAGCCUUAGACAACUCUGUAUACAAAAUUCAAAAGAUCAAUAA